UCCCCUCGUCCCGCCCCCCUGCCUUGCCGCCUGCCUGCCUGCCCGGCCGCCCCGGUAGCGCACCCGCUCGCCAUGGCCGUGCGGAGCCCCGGAUCCGCCGCUGCCCGUCGGUUGUUGCUGCUGCUGCUGGCGCUGCUGUCGUGCCCGGCCUGGCGGGGCUGCUGGGCGCUGCACACCAAGGGCGCCCUCCCGCUGGACACCGUCACUUUCUACAAGGUGAUCCCAAAGCAUAAGUUUGUCCUGGUGAAAUUUGACACCCAGUACCCUUACGGAGAGAAGCAAGAUGAGUUCAAAAAGGUGGCUGAAAGCUCCGGGUCCAGCGAGGACUUGUUGGUGGCAGAGGUGGGAAUCUCAGAUUAUGGCGACAAGAUGAACAUGGAUCUGGGGGAGAAGUACAAGCUGGAUAAAGACGCCUACCCCGCGUUUUACUUGUUCCAAAAUGGGGACUUGGAGAACCCGCUGCCGUACGGCGGCCAAGUCAAAGCCAGCGACCUCCAGCGGUGGCUGAAGAGCAGAGGCAUCUACAUGGGCAUGCCGGGAUGCUUGAAGGACUUUGACACGCUGGCCGGCAGGUUCGUGAGCACCGCCCAGGAGUCAAAGCGCACGAUUCUCCUGGAGGAGGGCCGGAAGCUUCUGGCAGCUGCUAAGGAGCCCGACAAGAAGUCGGCUGAUCAGUACGUCAAGAUCAUGACCAAAAUCCUCUCCCAGGGGGACGCCUUUGCCGCCAGCGAGCUCUCCCGGAUCACCAAGCUCAUUGAGGAGACCAAGAUGAGCGACGGCAAGAAAGAGGAUCUGCAGAGACGCCUGAAUAUCCUCGCUUCCUUCCAAACGAAGAAGGAUGACAGAGAAGAGCUUUGACGGGUCGGCGUGAAGGCGGCGAGGUCAGAGUGGGUCGCGGUCCCACCCGGUGCUCCUCGAAACAAGCAAAACCGUCCCACCCCCUUUGCAAGAGGCUGCAGAGUCCAUUCUCUUAGGGAGAUGCCGUAAUCUUUUCGGUUUGCGUUGACGAGGUCCUUCUUCUGGGGACUCAAGAGCUCCACGCGGUCUGAACACCUUCUGUUCCCACGGUACAGGGGCCACGGUCAUCAUUCCUAGUAAAGACAAGGGCAUUUUUGUGGGUGGGUGGCAUGUCUGUUAAUCCUUUGUUGAAAAAGGCAAGAUGGGUGGGUGGGGGUGGGGGUGUACUUCAGAAGGAUUUUGUAUUUAUGGGUGCUGUCCUUACAAAAACUGUUCCCCAGAAGGCCGCUUCCAGGACCUCAACCAGCCUGUUCUUCCUUAGUGGAUUUCAAGAUGGCCACCAACAGAACAUUGGGCAGCUUGUUCUUACUGGCUGAAUUCACAAGGUUACGCCUGCACCGACAUCUGACCUACUUGACAGUACCCCCGCCCCCCAGCCCCUCACUUUCCAGUUCUGGAAGAAACCGGGGGAACGGUCUGAGGCUGGGUUGCGUUCAUCUUGUUGACAUCCAGUUCUGGUGGCUUCCCGAGGUUGGGAGUCCUCAGGACUCUUGACCGAUGAGGGUUCAAGAUGAUCACCCCCUGCAGAGUCGUUGAGUCUGUGAGCUGAGGGUUCGGUCAGUGGAGGAGGCCGGGGAGCAGUUAGAGCGGGGUUGACUUUGUGUUUUUUUGGGGAGCACAGGUUUGGGCAGAGCGACACACGCAUCCGAGAGGGUGAGGAGCCAGGGAUAUCGUGUCUUUUACUGAACAGUAUUUGCAAAUGGGUUGGGGGCAAGUUACGACAGUGCUUAAUUUGCUAAUAAAGGUUAUCUGAAACCGG